AUGGCUGAAUCUCUUCUCUUCAGCGUCGCAGAGUCACUCAUAGAGAAGCUUGCUUCUCCUGCUGUUCAAAAAGCUUCUUCGGCGCUGGGUGUGUACGAUGAUAUGCGAGAGCUCAGAGAAACAGUGUCUUUCAUCAAAGCUGUGCUGUUGGAUGCAGAGCAAAAGCAGCAGCAGAACAAUGAGUUGCGUGUGUGGCUGAGACAGGUUAAGCGUGUUUUCUCUGAGGCCGAAGACAUAAUCGAUGAUGUUGAGUGCGAAGCCUUACGUAAGCAUGUUGUCAACACUUACGGUAGCAUCAUAAGCAAGGUACUCCAUUUCUUCUCAACUUCAAAUCCUCUUGUUUAUUGUCUUAUAAUGGUGCCUCAAAUAAAAGAUGUUAAAAGGAGGUUAGAAAAGGUUGCUGCUGAUAGGCAUACGUUUGGCCUUCAAACCAUUGAGAAUGAUACACGUGUUGUGCAUAGGAGGGAAAUGACUCACUCACAUGUUGAUGCUUCGGAUGUGAUAGGAAGGGAACAUGAUAAAGAUAAAAUUUUAGAGCUUUUGUUACAGCAUGAUGGUGAUGAUAAAAGUCUCUCUGUUAUCCCCAUCGUGGGAAUGGGAGGCUUGGGGAAGACUACACUUGCAAAGUUGGUGUUUAAUGAUGAGAGUAUAGAUAAGUCUUUCCCAUUGAAGAUGUGGGUGUGUGUCUCUGAUGAUUUUGAACUUGAGGAUAUGCUUCGUAAAAUCCUCAAAUCUGCUACUGAUACUAGUAAUUCGACUCCCUCCCCAGCUCACCAGGAGAGCUUUAAAAACUCUAAUAUGGAGCAACUACAACGUCUUCUAAGAAGUAAACUUGCUGGUAAAAAGUUUUUGCUUGUCUUGGAUGACGUAUGGAACGAGGAUCGUGUUAAAUGGGUCGAGUUGAAGAAUUUACUACAAGGAGGUGCUGAAGGAAGUAAAAUCUUGGUGACUACACGUAGCCACUCAAUUGCUACCAUGAUGUCCACUGGUUCAUCUUACGAUUUAAAAGGUCUUUCUGAAGAGGAUUCCUUGUCUGUAUUUGUCAAAUGGGCUUUUAAAGAAGGAGAAGAGAGAAGAUAUCCUGAAUUGUUGCAGAUUGGGAAAGACAUUGUGAAAAAAUGUGGUGGGCUUCCAUUGGCUGUGAGAACAUUAGGGAGUUCGCUAUUCUUGAAAGUUGAUAUGAAAGACUGGGAGUCUGUUAGAGACAAUGAGAUUUGGAAUUUACCACAAAAAGAUGGUGACAUUCUGCCUGCCUUAAAAUUAAGUUAUGACCAGCUGCCUUCAUAUUUAAAACGAUGUUUUGCUUGCUUCUCCCUUUUUCCAAAGGACUUUAAUUUCAAUGAUGUUCAUGUUCCUUGGCUUUGGGAGGCACAUGGUUUUCUUCCAUCGCCAAACAAAAGCAAAACACUGGAUGAUGUAGGCAAUGAAUUUUUGCGUGAGCUGCAAUCAAGAUCUUUCCUUCAAGAUUUUGUUGACCAUGGUACUACUUGCAAAUUUAAAUUACACGAUUUGGUGCAUGAUCUUGCAAUUUAUGUUGCAAAAGAUGAGUUUCAAGUCAUAAAUUCUUGUAGUGAGAAUGUAUUUGAGAAUGUCCAGCAUUUGUCAUUCACCAAAAAUGAUUUGCAUGGUCAAACUUCCAUUCCAAGAGGUGUGAGAACAGUAUGUUUUCCGGUGGGAGCCAACAACGAAGCUUUCUUGAAUACAUUGGUGUCAAGGUCCAAAUACUUGCGGUUUUUGAAAUUAGGUAAGUCCGAGUAUGAGACCUUUCCCUGCUCCAUUGGUAAGUUGAAACAUUUAAGAUAUCUCUCUCUUUCGGAUAAUCAAAAGCUGAAGAGUCUCCCUAAUUCAUUGAGCAGGCUCCAACAUUUGCGAUUUUUGCAGCUCUAUGCAUGCACGGAGCUACAAACAUUGCCCAAAGGAAUAGGAAACUUGAUUAGCCUUCGAGUUUUGAGUUUAAGCACAAAGCAAUCUGAUUUUCCGGACAAAGAUAUUGCAAAAUUGACUUCUCUUGAAACAUUAAAUUUAACUUGUUGUGACAAUUUGGAGUCAUUGUUCGAAGGAAUGCAACUUCCUAAUCUUAAAUCGUUGGCUAUUGAUUCUUGUGGGAGUCUAAAGUCUUUGCCACUUCAUGCUACUCCAAACUUACAGAGUUUGUAUAUUAUAAAGUGCGAUAAGUUGGAAUUGUCAGAGGGCCUUGACAACCAAAUCCCUGAGUUAAGGUUAAAGUUUCUAGUCUUUCGUAAUUUGCCACAGUUGGUGACUUGUCCUCAAUGGGUGCAGAGAUCUACGAGCACAUUACAUUCCUUGAUGAUUACACGUUGUGGCAAUCUUGAGGAGCUUCCCGAGCAGCUGUCAGCUUCGAGUUAUCUCAAAACACUUGUAAUUAUCAAUUGUCCAAAGUUGCUUUCACUCCCAGAUGAUAUUCAUCACCUCACCAACCUUGAAGUUUUAGUAAUUGGAGAAUGCCCUGAACUAUACAGAAGAUACCAGCCAGAAGUAGGACGGGAUUGGCCCAAAAUAUCUCACAUCAAACGAGUCGUUAUUCCUGAACCAUAA